CCGGCUCCAGUCAUUGCAAACGCCUGCUCGACUUUUCUUCGUUACCUUCACCGUGCUCAGCACACUACACCUGAACCUGCUCAGCACCUCAAAAUGUCAGGCAUCAAUCAGAUAAUCCAAACAUUCGAAGGUCUCGGCGAAGGAGAUCGAGAGACCACGAUGAAAGCACUGUCGACCAUGAUGCGUGUCGAGAAUCAGCGGCAGCCCGCCAAAAAAAAGGUCAACGGAUUUAUGGGAUACCGUGCAUACUAUUCGUCUCUCUUCUCACAGCUCACGCAGAAGGAGAAAUCGCCGAUAAUGACGAUUCUCUGGAAGGAGGACCCAUUCCAUGAGGAAUGGGAUUUCAUGUGUGCGGUGUACUCGGCGAUCCGAGAGUUCUUGUCGGACGACAACGUCUCGCUGCAAACCUGGAUUCAAUUCGCGAUCAAGCACAUGGGAAUCGUGGUCCGCGAGCACUACCUGAUAACUCUGGGCUGGGAAUUGAUCCAACUCAAUGACGGCUCUCACAAGCUCGAGCGCACUUCAAUCCGGUCAGUCCCGAGCUGCCUCCAGCCGAUGAACGGAUUCGGCCUCUUCAUGAACUGCCUCAAUGACGGCCUGCCGGUUGCCAACCCGCUGCCCAUCAUCGCCAAACUCUCGGGCCUUACAAACGAUGUCAUCUGCAUCAACACUCAGCUGGGAGCCGCCGCAAAACCCGCCAACAGCAUGAAUGGUUUCCGCCAGUUCGCCAAAACCCAUCCCCAACUGGCCAUGUCGGCUAUCUUCCAGGUCCCCGCGGCCCAUCCGCUCAUUGUCCAAGGCGUCACUGUGCAUGACAUCACGCCAAUGAGCGACCUGACUACGACCGAACCCUUCAUGGUACAGAACGACGACCCGGAGCUGGAUGCCAUGCUGGACAAGAUCUUUCGCGGGGAGGGCGACGGGAGCAUUGACAACCCAGCCAACCUCGGCAAUCAGUUCUUCACUAUGGGAAUGGGGAACGGCACACAGGGUUUCAACUGAGACAUUCCCACUUCCCACACCUCAAUCCACCCCGAGUCCCUGCAGUGACCGAACGAAGCCGUUUGGGCCCCGGAUAUGCGAAGAGCAAGCAUCACAUGGACGGGUCAGCAGGCAUCCACCAACAACACCGGAAAAGCUCACCCCGAUUCCGUGAUACCGUGCGAAAGACCUUGCAUUUCCUGUCCAGGUGGCUUAUGAGGGUGCGGCCUGCCUAUGCUUCCCUCUGCUCGGUUAUUUUUUGCAGAGCAAAGAAAACCACAUGCAGGCUAGCGGCUCUGGGACGCUUCAAACCUCAGGUCGCCACCGUUCCCCAUGCGUCGUCAUGUUGCAUUCACCAACGAAAGAAGAGGGGGCCCAAGCGGACAAAGAGAGUGGCACGGCACUUGGCAAGCAAAUGGUAUGAACUCACUUUCUCUUCCAUUUGCCGCAUGUAUAUAGAGCCCAUGCCUCCUCCGAUCCUCCUCGGUACACAGUAAAUCGACAGCUCAAUUUUCGC